UCAACCACAGGGGGCCUGAGGAAACACAGCUCUGGAGAACUUCUGCCCUACAUGCGGAUUAUCUGUGACAUUCUCCCAGAUGUUGGGACACCAGGACCCACUGCUCACCAUUCACACGCACACACUCUUCUUCUUCUGUAUUGCAUGUUGUGCGCAGCAGUUGAGAAGUUUUCUUUUAUGGCUACAAAACGGAAAACUUUGAAAAGCGGGGAAUGGAUAUUUGCUUCUACAAUCUGGCACCUGCAUGUUAAAACCUGAUGUAGCAGAAGAAAAUGAGAAAGGAAGGAAUCCAUGUUUAUGCUGGAGACUGAUUAGGCCGUUUAUCUGACCGGAUGGCACGGAUAAGGCCACGUCCAUCAAGAGAAAGGGCACCUUAAAUGUCAGACAUCUCAGAGGGUGACAUAAAAUAUGAGAACAAGUGACUAAAAGUUAUGGAGAGCUCCGGUCAAGUCGAGCCAACUCAGCCGGUGAACACCACAAACGACAGUUUUAUAACAGAGACAUCCGCUGUGGAUGUGGGCGAAGAGAGUCUCGCCUAUCAGAUCAGUCUGGCGGUGAUUCUCUCCGUUAUCACACUCGCCACCACUUCAUCCAACGCAUUCGUCAUCGCAACUAUCUCCCAGUCCAAGAAACUACAAACUCCUGCGAACUUUCUGAUCGCCUCCCUGGCCGUCACUGACCUGCUGGUGUCCAUCCUGGUGAUGCCCAUCUGCGUCCUGUACACCGUCAUCCACACCUGGACGCUGGGGCAAAUCGUGUGCGACAUCUGGCUCUCCUCGGACAUAACGUGUUGCACGGCGUCUAUCCUCCACCUGUGCGUAAUCGCUUUGGAUAGGUACUGGGCCAUCACGGACGCGGUAGAGUACUCCAAAAAGCGCACGCCGGGGCGCGCCGCCGGGAUGGUGGCCACAGCCUGGGUCAUUGCCAUCUCCAUCUCCCUGCCGCCUCUCUUCUGGAGGCAGGUGAAGGCGGAGGAGCUGACCAGCUGCAGUGUCAACACGGAUCAUAUUUUCUACACCAUCUACUCCACCUUCGGGGCUUUCUACAUCCCCACCUUGCUGCUUAUUGUCCUCUACGGGCGGAUAUACGUCGAGGCUCGGAAACGCAUCCUGAAGCAGUCCCCAAAGAAGGUGGGGAAGAGACUCACCUCGGCGCACCUGGCCACCAACUCCCCAGGAUCCGUGGCGUCCACGACCUCUCUGCAGUGCGGGAGACACGACACUCCGUCCAGUGACACCGGCUCCUCAACAAGCGAGAACCAGGUGAAAGUGACCGUGUCGGACGCGCUUUUGGAGAAAAAGCGCAUCUCAGCAGCCAGAGAGAGAAAAGCCACCAAGACUUUGGGGAUAAUCCUCGGCGCUUACAUCGUUUGCUGGCUGCCGUUUUUCAUUUACACACUGGUGGUGGCCACGUGCGAGACGUGUUUUAAUCCUGAGUUAUUUGACUUUUUCACCUGGCUGGGAUAUCUGAACUCCCUCAUCAACCCCAUCAUAUACACAAUGUCCAACGAGGACUUCAAGAAAGCUUUCCAGAAACUUGUGCGCUUUAGAUGCUGCAGGUCGUGAACGAAUGUUACCUUCAGUGUCCAAUAAGAUUUAUUUGUGUAUUUAUUUUUGGAUAUGAAGUGUGGGAUUAUAGAAUAGCGAGAAUGCCAUACACAUUUCUGGGACUCAUAGACAUUAUAAGAUGUGCAUGCAAAAGAAAAAACAGUCAUUUGGUGCAGUGUGGAGAUUAAAAUGUGGAGUUAAAUUGUUUCCAUCAUUUCCAUAGAUUUAAAGCGCUCACCAAUGCGCUGCAAACUUCUCUUAAAAGAUUGUUUUAAUUAAAAAACAAGAUUUAAUAUUGAGAAAGUGGCGGUGUUGGAGAAAUCCAACUUUACGCACCUCGCAAAAUCACUUAAACGUGUCAUGGAGCUCCUCUUGGUGAGCAAAUUUGCUUAUAUGAUAAAUUCGGUGAUGGAUUUUAAGUAUUCUGUAUGGAUUAAGAUGGUGCAGUAUGUUAAACAGCAGAGAUCAGAGUUAAAAUUAUAUUUAAAAAAUGACUACCCAGGAUCCUUUUUGCAUUAUGUGUACAAAUAUGGGAGUUUAAUUUGUAAAACUACAUCCACAAUAUGUCUGUGUACUCUGAGAAAUGACAACAGUGGUAUAUAUUUUUAUUAUGGUCAUGGAUUGCUCGCUGCUACACUGUAUGGCUAUCCUUUGUCAUUUAGACAGGCUCACCAAUGCAGCAGAAAAAAAAAGGAAAAAAAUUCAUAUCAGUGUCAAACAAAGAAACUGUAGCUGAUAUUUACCCAGCAGAGCUGAAAGCUGAUCAUAAGUUCAAUUUUGCUGAACAAACAUCACCUUGUUUUACUUUGUGUGUGUGUGUGUGGGUCUGUUUGCUGCUACAUUAAAUCUGUAUCUACAGUAUGUUAUGUUCAUGUGUGAAAUGGUUUGCCAUCUCCCGGCUAUAAAGAGUGAUUUAAACCGUAGGCCUGCAGAGCUACAAAAAUAACGCAGAGGAUUUGUGAAAUAAAAGUAUGUUGUUCUAGGAUUUUAUCUGUUCUCAUUCAGAGAUGCUGUGCAAUAAAGGCUUUAAAGUA